CAUGAGUGUGGUGAAACCGUUCGAGGCGACUGACAUGUUCAAAUUCAACCACAUUAAUUUGGACCUCUGGACAGAGACGUAUGGCAUCAACAUACACCUUUCCUAUCUUGCGUGCUGGCACGACCUGUGCUCGGUGGAAGAGUCGCCUAACGGCUGUCUCAUGAGUUAUAGUAUGCAUAUGCUCAUCGUACCUGUCUAUGCGCAUAUUCUUGGUUCUAUUGUUACUCGAUACACGUUCUUCAUCCAACCCCUUACUCCCCCUGAACUCCAAAUUACGGUCCUGGGAAAAGCUGAAGGGACCGGCGUCGAAUGGCACGGGCACGUAACUGUGCUCUCUGUCGCCCCAGAAUACUGCCGGCUAUGCCUGGCGCGCAAGAUGACGGCCCAGCUGGAGCGUGUGUCGGACGAGACGUACCACUCGUUUCUCGUCGACCUCUAUGUCCGCUGCACCAAUGCCAUUGCCAUCGGAAUCGUCUACCGUCGGGUGAGGGAGUACUAUGGGAGUCUUGGCCUGGGGCGCAAUUCUAAGGAUGAGGAGGAUGCAUUUAACAUGCGAAAACCGCUUUCAAGAGAUUCACUGCGACGGUCAGUGCGGAGUAAUGGCCCGGCGGAUGAUUGUC